CCGCCACUCAUACCAUCGUCUCGCUCUCCACUCCAUCCGUACCUCCCUCUGGCGGUGCCCAGUCCGCGUCUUUCGCCAUGUCUGCCAACUCGGAGCUGCGCAAGCUCGAAGAGCUGGCCGUGGUGUCAAAGCUGACGCAAGAGAUCGCGAACUAUACCUCCAUAUCGGACCGGACCUUGGCUGAGUUCGUCCUGUCGCUGCAUCUCUCGUCUCCAACGUACGAGCAAUUCAAGAAGAAGCUCAGCGAGGUUGGCGCGGGCGAGGAGGAUGGCUUCAGUCAAGGUCUGGUCGAAAGCAUCGAUCGCAUCGUGAGAAGAGGCCACUGGAAGUACAAGAAGGUAGAGGCCAGUGCCGAUAAAAGGGCGCAAGCGGCCAAUGGCAAGGCAACGCCGAGCAGCUCCAAGGAGGCCCUGAUCGAAGACGAGGAGAGGGCAGCGAAGCGAAGGCAGUUCCCAGGACUCGCCAUUCCCGAUGCUGAGAUGGAUACCGAAGACGAGAGGAGGCGCGCAGCAAGAACAGAAUUGGAGAGCAAACGGGCUCGGGGAGGUGAAAGGAAUGCCGUAGAAGCAGGGGUAGAGGACUUCAUGAAGACCCUGGAGGACAUGGAGAAGACCCACCGCAAUGGAUCCGGGUCUGCUUCUGCACCUACAGGAGACCGUCCUCGGCGUCGGUCGAGAUCCCCAGAUCCGUACGCUAGCCGAUCCGGGGAUCGCUAUGGCAGGGAUGAUGGCCGUAGCAACCAGCCUGAUGGACGGCGCAAUGGACAUCAGCCACAUCGAAUUUUGGAUGAUAAGCCUAUCAUCUACAAGAUCUACGACGGAAAGGUGACGAACAUCAAGGAUUUCGGUGCUUUCGUCGCACUUGAAGGCGUCAAUGGAAAGUGGGAGGGAAUGGUACAUAUCGGCUCUAUCACUGCUGGCACUCGUCUCAAUCAUCCUUCCGACUUCCUCACACGAAAUCAACCAGUCAAGGUCAAGGUGAUGUCCAUCGCUGGUACACGGCUGAGCUUAUCCAUGAAAGAUGCCGAUCAAAACACCGGCCAGGACCUGACGCCUCACCUCAGAAUCAAAAGCGAAGCCGAAUUGGAGGAGGAAAGGUCUAGACUGAAUGCAAGAGCUGUUACCGGCGCCAACAAUCAGCCGCUUGGCGGCGGUCGUGGCAGGGCAGGGCCAGUUGUAGAUGACGAGGCGGACGCCAGAGGGUCUAGUGUCAAGAGGCUGACUUCGCCGGAGCGUUGGGAGCUACGCCAACUUAUCGCCUCGGGAGCGGCCAAAGCCUCUGACUAUCCGGAGCUACUCGCGGACGAAGAGAUGUCAACUCCGAGCAGGAACGGAGGGUCUGGCUUCAAUAAUGCCGCUGACGAAGAGGUCGAUAUUGAGGUCAACGAGAAGGAGGCUCCCUUCUUGCGCGGUCAAACCUCUGCCACUCUUGAGCUCUCUCCAGUGAAGAUCGUCAAAGCCCCUGACGGCACGCUGAACCGAGCUGCAAUGGCAGGCGCGUCUCUUGCAAAGGAGAGGAGAGAAUUGAAGCAGCAAGAGCAGAAUGACAAGGCCGAUGCAGAGCUGCGCGACGUGUCCACUGGAUGGCAGGACCCCAUGGCGAGUCAGGACCAACGUACCUUUGCUCAAGACAUGAGGGGCAAUGCGCUGGCAUCUGGAUCUGGCAUGAUGGGUCAAGCGGAUGAUCGACCCGCAUGGAAGAAGGAGACCUUCAACAAAGCCACGACGUUUGGGAAGGUGACGAACAAGACGAUCAAGGAGCAGCGAGAAUCGCUGCCUAUCUUCAAGCUCAGGGAGCAGCUCGUCAAAGCCAUCGACGAGAAUCAAGUUCUGGUUGUCGUUGGUGAUACCGGCUCUGGCAAGACGACGCAGAUGGUGCAAUAUCUCGCUGAAGAAGGCUUUUGCGACGGCCGGACAGGCAAGAGAGGCAAGAUUGGCUGUACGCAGCCCCGACGAGUCGCAGCCGUCAGUGUAGCCAAGCGUGUCGCUGAAGAGGUCGGAUGCAGGGUUGGAACAGAGGUAGGGUACACUAUUCGAUUCGAAGACUGCACAUCCCCCGAGACGAAGCUGAAGUACAUGACGGACGGGAUGCUUCAGCGAGAGUGUCUUAUCGACCCUGACGCCAGCAAUUACUCAGUCAUCGUGCUUGAUGAGGCCCACGAGCGGACCAUCGCUACGGACGUCCUGUUUGGUUUACUCAAGAAGACUCUCAAGCGGAGAUCAGACCUGAAGCUGGUGGUCACUUCGGCUACUCUUGAUGCGGAGAAAUUCUCCUCCUACUUCUUCAACUGCCCGAUCUUCACCAUCCCCGGUAGGACGUACCCUGUCGAGAUCCUGUAUACCAAGGAGCCAGAGCCAGACUACCUCGACGCUGCUCUCAUUACAGUGAUGCAGAUCCAUCUCUCUGAGCCUCAGGGAGACAUCUUGGUGUUCCUAACAGGACAAGAAGAGAUUGACACAGCAUGUGAGAUCCUCUUCGAGCGAAUGAAGGCUCUGGGCUCGGCUGUCCCUGAGCUCGUGAUUCUACCCGUUUACUCGGCUCUCCCGUCCGAGCAGCAGACACGAAUCUUCGAGCCUGCGCCUCCCGGUGCAAGGAAGGUCAUCAUUGCUACGAACAUUGCCGAGACGAGUAUCACCAUUGACGGAGUGUACUACGUCAUUGAUCCCGGCUUCUCCAAGCAGAAUGCCUAUGAUGCUCGGCUGGGCAUGGACUCUUUGGUUGUCACGCCGAUCUCUCAAGCUCAAGCGAGGCAGAGGUCAGGCAGAGCUGGUAGGACUGGACCAGGCAAGUGCUACCGUCUCUACACAGAAGCUGCAUACAGGAACGAAAUGCUGCCGAACCCUAUUCCAGAUAUCCAGCGUCAGAACUUGUCUUCUACAAUUCUGAUGCUCAAGGCGAUGGGCAUCAACGACCUCAUCAACUUUGACUUCAUGGACCCGCCACCUUCGCAGACCCUGCUGACCGCCUUGGAGAGUCUCUACGCGCUGAGUGCGCUGGAUGAUGAGGGUCUCUUGACUCGUCUUGGUCGCAAGAUGGCCGACUUUCCUAUGGAGCCUCAGAUGGCCAAGAUGCUCAUUGCUUCGGUAGACUUGGGCUGUUCAGAAGAGAUUCUCAGCAUCGUCGCGAUGCUCAGUGGACAGAACAUCUUUUACCGGCCCAAGGACAAGCAGGCGCAAGCUGAUGCCAAGAAGGCCAAGUUCUUCCAACCAGAGGGCGAUCAUCUUACUCUCCUCACCGUUUGGAACGGAUGGGCAGCCAGUAAAUUCUCGAUGCCUUGGUGCAUGGACAAUUUCAUCCAGGGCAGAUCGAUGAAGCGAGUGCAAGAUGUCCGGAAACAGCUCAUGGGUAUCAUGGACCGGUAUUCUCACGACAUUAUCUCCUGUGGCAAGAAUUACAAUCGUGUCAGAAGAGCCAUUGCUUCUGGCUAUUUCAGGAAUGCAGCCAAGAAGGAUCCUCAAGAAGGCUACAAGUGUCUUGCCGAAGGCGGCGGGACGGUGUACAUCCAUCCCUCCUCUUCCCUCUUUAACCGCUCACCAGAAUACUGCAUCUACCACGAAGUAGUCCUGACGACCAAGGAGUACAUGCGCGAAGUAAUUGCCAUUGAGCCAAAGUGGCUCGUGGAAGUUGCUCCUCGCUUUUUCCGAACAGCAGAGACGAAUGCGAUUAGUAAAAGAAAGAGGAGUGAAAAAGUGGCACCAUUGUUUGACAAGUAUGCAAAGACGCAGGAUGAUUGGAGGAUUAGCAAGGUUAAGAGGGCGGCGAGGAGUAGUCAGACCUUUGGGUAGAGGUGUUGCCAGGAACGGGC